UCUCGGACGAUCUCCUAUUCUUUUCCUUCUUUCUCCUCUCUUACUUCUUACUUUUUGACCUUGACUCUUAACUCUGACUUUGCUUCUUCCCUUCUCCUUUCUCUCCACUCCACUCCUUUUUCACCUCUAUAAACACAUCUGUUGUAGCAAUAGAUUCCACAAUGCUGCAGUCACUCAUGACAGAAAACCCUUCGUCCAUUUUAUCUUCUGACCAGUUUACUAUGCUUCAUCAUUCACAACAACCUUCAUCCUCUUCUUCUUCUUCUUCUGCUGCCGCUGCCGCUGCUGCCGCCGCAGUCACUGCUUCCUUUACUUCGGACCUCAUUCAUGCUUCAUUCGUCGCUGCUCAUUCAUCCUCUCAUUCUUCUUCUUCUUCUUCCUCUUCAUCUCAACCCCAAUCUCAAUCUCAACCUCAACCUCGUCAGAAUGAUCUUUAUAACACAGUUAUCAGUAACAACAAUAAUAGCAGCAAUAGCAAUAAUAAUAACAGUAGCAGUUGCAGUAACAACAAUACCAGUAAUCUUUUAAAAAAGACUCGUGCAAUAACGUGCAUUACACCACCCAAAAUGUCCACAUCAUCUCUUGCUACACUUGAAUAUUCCAUCCAUACUUCACCAAGAAGAAUGACUAGAGAGCUUGCAACGGUCUUCCCCAGCAAGGACCUGUCUAAUUUGUUAGUUGUGCCAACUUUUCAAAAAUGUCAACACGACAUGGUUGCAUGGGAUGCUGUUAUCGCCAAGGAAAAAGAUGAUCGUUUGGAAGAUUUCGUCCGGUGGUCCACUGCUAUUCACCAAGGUCUAAAGGAGCUUGGCUUCUGGUCCGACAUGACUGACCCAGCCUCUGGAUAUCCUACAUUCAGCGAGCGUGGACGAGAUGUUUAUCCUGAUGUGGAAGGAUGUCAGAUUCUACUCAAAUAUGAUUUUCAGAAUGCUGGCUGUUGUAAAGUUUUGUUGCAUCCAAUCUGGGGUAGCAAAAUCUACCCAGCAACAUUUUUCACAACCGCUCCUAUCGAUGUUCUUUUAAAGGUGUUAGAGCAAGUGGAGCAAGAGAAUCCCUUGUCAGAGUCACAGUAAUCCUUUCAUUUCCGAAUAAACAUAUUUUAAAAGAAUAUUUCGG